AUGGCCAAAACUGCAAUUGCAUACAAAGAGAAGAUGAAGGAGCUGUCUGUUUUCUCCCUCAUCUGCUCCUGCUUCUAUCCAGAGGCACGCAACAAGCUGGUCGUCUGUGAGUUCGAAGACAUGGAGGUGAAGCCAAUCAACAAGCGGGCGUCGGGCCAAGCCUUUGAGGUGAUUCUGAAGCCCCCCUCCCCGGUGUCAGAUGCGGCCCACAGCAUCGCUUCGCCCCCCAAGAGGGAGGUGUCCCUAGAGGACAUCCAGAAGAAAUUGGAGGCAGCUGAGGACCGGAGGAGGUCCCAGGAGGCCCAGGUGCUGAGGGCCCUGGCAGAGAAGAGGGAGCAUGAGAGGGAUGUGCUGCUCAAGGCCAUGGAAGAGAACAACAACUUCAGCAAAAUGGCAGAAGAGAAGCUGACCAUGAAGAUGGAGCAAAUCAAGGAGAACCGGGAGGCCCACCUGGCAGCCAUGAUGGAACGCCUGCAGGAGAAGGAGAGACAUGCAGCUGUGGUGCGCAGGAACAAAGAGCUGAGGGAAGAGCUGACAGCGUGAGCCCCACCUCUCCCCAAUGUCCACCAACCACGUCCCUCCACCCAGCCGCACCCCUGGAAACUCCACAGCAGACACCAAGACCUGGAGGGUGGAGGACUUCACUACCAACACACUGCACCACCCACCCGACCCCUCCACACACACACACACACACACACACACACACACACACACACACACACACACACACACACACACACACACACACACACACACACACACACACACACACAAUCAGUAUUAACAGUAUUUUUAAUUGGAUAAUUAAUGAUUUACUUUUUUUCGAAGGGGAAAAAAUCAACAACAUGAAAACAUGGGUAUUAUUUUGUAAAUACUUCAUUUUUGUAUCUAUCUUGAUGGGUAGGCUAGGCUGAUUGAGCGCAAACCAGUGUAUCAAAUGUACUGCGUUGUACAAUUUCAAAUGUUUAAUUUGUUAUCUAAUUAUUUAUUGGUUCUUGAAAUUUGAAUCUACAAUAAUUUUUUUGUGAAAGUCUUUUUUGGUGUUGUGAGUUGGUUGUUAGCUGACGUUUGCAUUGUUUUCUGAUGAUGUCAGUUUCUGUGUCUUUGUGAAGAAUGUUAACAGGUAGUGAACUCAGACUCCUGACAGAGCAUCCCAUC